AUGAUAGAAGAAGCAAAAGGAUUAAAUAUUAAUAAAGGAUUAAUGUGUUUAAUUGAUUUAAUUCAACACAAAGAAAAUUGGAUUCCUUCAGAAUGUAUCAAAUAUGGAAUGUAUCGUGAUUUUACAACAAAUCGAGUAGAAGGUUUCUUUGGACAUUUAAAAAAAAUAAUUAAUCAUAAUAAUCUUCCUUUAUAUUUAUUAACAGACAAUAUUUAUGCACUUGCAAAUACAAUGUUUAGUAAUAUAAUUAGGAUUGAUCUUCCUGAUGAAAUUAUAGAUAAAAAUGUUCCUCAUUUUAAUUUAUUGACUGAAUUUUCAAAGAAAGUCUUAAAAUCUCAAUACAACAUAUUAAAUAAUAAUGUAAUAUGUGAUGACACUCAUUAUUGUAUUAGUUGUCAAAUAAGAAAUGUUAAUCCUAAAGUAGCAUAG